AUGUAUGCCGUGAUAGCUGUGGUCGCCGUUUUGGCGGCCCUGAUCAUCAGGUUUCGAAAACUUGGCAUGAGGCCCAAGGAUUACCCUCCAGGGCCAUCGACGAUCCCCGUCUUUGGGAACCUCUUCCAAAUGCCGAGGAAGAAGCUGCAUGAAGGCCUGGCAAAAAUGUCGGAGCAAUAUGGCCCUAUCAUGGGAUUGAAGCUGGGCGCCAUGGACAUGAUUGUUAUCAACUCGUACACGACGGUCAAAGAUCUCUACGACAAACGGAGCAGCAUCUAUUCGAACCGCGUGGACAAUUACUUGCGCAACUUUGGGUACAACCUGAUGAUCUCGAAUCGAGACAACGAUGAUGUGUGGCGUCGUCAGCGAAAGAUGUACCACACAGCUCUAACGAGCACGGCAGCGACUCGAUACUUGCCCUAUCAGCGAUUCGAGUCAAUCCAGUUGCUCUGGGACUUAUUGAACGCUCCGUACGACUCUUUUGAUGCGCUCAAACGCUACACCACCAGCACUGGAUCCACCAUCACCUACGGCUGGCGAGUCAAUCGGGCCGACAAUCACUAUGUGACACGCCUUUUCGAAUGGAUCGAGUCCUACACUCUCGUGGGCAUUGCGACUCAAGUUACCGAGUUCUUCCCUAUGCUUCGGCCGAUCGUGAAAUACACGCCCAACUCGUUGAACAAGCUGAACAAAGAACUUUCCCGACUCACCAUCAUGGAACGAGAUCUUUGGCUCGACCUCCUACGUGAAGCCAAGUCCAAGGUUGAGCGAGGAAAGCUGAACCCGUGCUUCGCGGGCGACAUGCUCACCAACCAGGACAAGGACGGGCUUAACGAGAUGGAGAUGGCGUUCAACGCAGGCCAUGCGUGGGCGGGAGCCUCGGACACGACGUUCAACACGCUGCACGGCUUCGUCAAAGCCAUGAUCUUGUAUCCGGAGGUACAGCAACAGGCUCAUCAGGAGCUGGACCGGGUGGUCGGUGCUGACAGGAUGCCGGAAUGGGAGGACCGAAAUCAACUACCACACAGGACGCUGACUACCGACUUCCACCGCGGUCUAGGGUGUCCAACUGCCGUCCUGGGAAUUCCACACGCGGCAGCCAAGGACGACGAGUACAUGGGGUAUAAGAUCCCCAAAGGAGCAUCCGUGGUUCAAAACAUAUGGGGCAUCAACAAUGACCCCGUCCGCUACCCGAACCCACGCAAGUUCGAUCCACUGCGAUACAUUGACGACGGGAUGCUCUCACAAGAGUCGGCCGCCCAGGCGGACCCUGCGCUGCGCGACCAUUUCACAUUCGGCUCUGGUCGCCGCAUCUGUCCCGGCAUGCAGGUUGCCGACCGCAGUCUAUUCAUGGUGAUUGCGCGCAUGCUGUGGGCUUUCGACAUUGAAAGGGUGGGCGACGAGGUCAUUGAAAACGACGCCAUGACCACCGGUCUGGUUGCGGGGCCGAUGCCGUACAAGUCCAAGUGCGUCCCGCGAGACGAGAAACGGGCCAAGCUGAUCACGGACUCGUGGAAGGAGGCUGAGGGCUGGCUCGACGAGGAGAGAAACUACAGUCAGGCGUGGUACGAGAAGGAGUUCUGGAAGAAGUGA